AAAUAAACUUGCGGCUUAUUGAGCAGUGGACUGUUAUGGAUUUGGAUAGCACUGAAUGUCUACAUGAAGUUCGUUCCGCAGUGUAUCGAGCUGCUCUAAAGCUUCGCACGCUACAAAAACUAUGCCAGAUGCACCUGGUGUCACUGCCGGAUUUGCGCCCAGUUCUAAAUACUUUGUGCAGUUCUGGGGAACCAGUGAUUAGUCUUGCUCAAGAAGAUGUACAGCAGCAUCUAGAAGAGCUAUUCCAGAGCAUUUCACAUGAGCUUCCUGAUGAGGCGGUUCCUGAAGCCACAGAUCAAACCACCAGGCUUCUCUUUAAACUGUUUGACAGAGAGCAAACUGGUGUUAUUCUGCUCAGGUCAGUGGAGGCCACGCUGAUCGCCCUCUGUGGAGACACUCUCUCGGCUAAACAGAGAGGUCUGUUCCGACUGGCUGAGAGCUACAGUGGGAAUCAGGAGAGUGACAGGGGCUCUAUCAGUCGAAGUGCACUCAAAAUCCUGCUGGAAGACCUCAGCCAGGUUCCAGCAAUGGUUCAGGAAAACCAUGUUUUUGGUCAAGCUGAAGCUGCAGUGUGCUCUUGCUUUAAUGGGGUAAAUAGUGCACGUGUGACUGAAGAGCAUUUUAUUGGCUGGCUGCAGUCAGAACCCCGGCUGCUAUUAUGGCUGUCCACACUCUACAGGAUUUCAGUGAGUGAAGCUGUACAGCACAGAGUCCGCUGCCAUGCCUGUAAAGCCUUUCCUAUCACUGGCCUCAGGUAUCGCUGUUUGAAAUGCCUGAACGUACACCUGUGCCAAAGUUGCUUUCUGACUGAGAGACGCAGCAGGAAACACAAGCCCUCUCAUCCUGUACUGGAAUAUUGCACUCAGCCAUCCUGGAAGGAGUCAAUGGCGUCACUGGCCUCUAGUGCUCGACACGCUUUGGUACCUCGACACGCUCGGAGAGAAGCAGAGAGGAAGAGAGCCCUGAGAGCAGGCUCUAGUGCAGAGCUGCAAUACAGUGCCCCUUCUCCAGUGCUGCAGUCUGUAGCAGAUCCAGACAUGCAUAAAGCUCCUGAAAUAAGUCUGACUGCCACCCCUGCUGUGGUUCCAGUAGAGUCUAAAGGCCUGCAGACAGAGGAGACAGAGAUUCCUCAGAGAGAAACAGCUAUUCUCCAAAAAGGCCUCAGUGUUACUCAGAAGGCCAUGAGGGAUCUGCAGAGAGAUAAAUGGCUCCUGGAGAAAGAGUUUCAAGUGUGGAGAGUUGCAGCCCAGUCAGAGCAUCAUUCACUGGAGGACAAAUGUACUGAGCUGAAGACCAUGAUGGAGGCACUGAACCAACAUAACCAUCAUCUGGAAGAAGAACUGGACAGAGUCAGACAUAUGUGUGUGAGGGACAGAGAUCAGCUCAGAAUUGACCUUUCAGACCUUCAACCAGAACAUGAUGACAGCAUUAGUGAAAACGACUGGACUCAACCUGGGUGUUUAAAACCUCAAGACAGCUCCAGUGGAGAAGAGCAGGUUCAGGAGGGGAGGGAAGCAUAUCAGGAAGGAAGAAUAGAAGUGGAUGAGGAGGAGACUCUUUAUGAGGUAUCAGAAGACAUCUCCACAAAUCUGGAUGACAAAGAGGAUGUCCAUACAGCUUCAAGGCAGCAAGAGGAAGUUGAGGAGGAGGGGCUACAGGAGGAAGAGGAGGAGCUACUGCAUAAAACACAAGCUCUUUCUUUACUUCAUCGAUCCAUGUCUGAUUUAGCUCUGGAAGAGCACUCAGACUCAGAUGACUCAGAGAUGGAUGAAGAAGAGGAACUUUGUGAGCUUGUACAGCGACUUCGAAAUGAGCUUUCUCUAUAUACAGCCACAGGGUCGGUCAGUCUGCAGAAAGAAAAGCUAAUGACGGCAGCAGAGGGAGUGAGAGAUUCUGUUUCUCAUCUCGUCACUUCUGUGAGAACCACCAGUUUGGCAUGAUGGCAGCCAAAAUAACUUUCCCUUACCUGCAAACAAUACAAGCCAAUUUCCAUCUCUCAUUCCAUCGCAAGGUUAAUCAUAACAGCAGAUGCUCACAGUGGACUGAUGGUUGACAAUUCACAAUUAAUGAAAUCUAAAAAUAAAUAGGUUCCAAGAUUUAUUCCACUAUUUAUAUGUAGGGAAAACUAAUAUAGGUCAAUAUUGGACACUGAUACCAUUACCAUUAAAUUUAGAAAAUCUAAUAUCGAGCAAUAAAUUAUAUCAUUCAUGCCUAUGUGAUUUUAUAGCGAAUUUAUAUGCUUUUUUAUUGAUUUUUGAAUACUAGACAUUUCGGAUGUUAUUUUAUAACAGUCUGUUCGACAAUAAAUAAACAUUAAUAUUUGUUUUCAGUACACCAUAAAUUUGUUACAGGUUCUGA